AUGCGGGACCGAGAGGAGUUGCCGUACCACAUCAUCAACUUUAACUUUGAAACUGUGCAGGUGACGUGGAAUGCAAGUGAAGACCUGGGGACGAAUCUGACUUUCCGCUACAGAUUCCGGGGUAAGGACUGUGGCCCGUGUCCCAACUACAUUCUUCGACACGGGCGCACUGUUGGGUGCGUCUUCAAGGCAGAAGGAGAUGAGGUUAUGGACUUUUCCAUCUUGAAGGGGACCCACCGUCUUUUCUUCGACAGUGUGUGGAUCAGUGAUUACUUGAAACCCAACGCCCCCCGCGACCUCCACUUCCACUGGCACGAAGAAUCCGUGACGGUGACAUGCGCCGACCUGCCCUACCGAAGCCUCCAGUACGAAGUUCAGCACAAGAGCAUCUAUGACAAUGAGUGGCAGUCCCAGGAGGAGGAAACCUGCAACGUGACCAUCGCGGCUUUGGAUGCGGACAGGUGCUACUGCUUCAGGGCCAGAGUAAAAGCGCUGGAAUCCAGCUACGGCUUCGACACCCACCCCAGCGACUGGUCGCAGGUGGCCCACUGGCAGAAGGGCGAGCUGCGCGAUUCCUGUGAGGAGAAAUCACCUUUCCCCAAACUGAGUUUAAUUUACGGCCUGGUCACCUUCCUGAUUCUGUUGCUCAUCCCCCUGUCUCUGUGGAAACUACAGAGAGUGAAGAAGGUCCUGGUGCCCAGUGUGCCGGACCCCAAGUUCACCUUCCCCGGGCUCUUCGAGGCCCACCACGGAAACUUCCAGGAAUGGAUCAAGGACACCCAGAACGUGGCCGUCUUGAAUAAGGCGGAAGACAAGGAGCAGGAGCUUGUCCUGGAAGCGACGCUGGAGGUGCAGAUGCCCCUGGCCAAGGCCGAGGCGCCCGUGGUCACGGUGAUGGGCCCUUCGUGCCCGCCGACGGAGGAGGAGGAAGCCGCGGGGGACCCCGGCCCGCGGGCCGGCCCGCCGCCCCCCGGCGAAGAGCGGGUCUCUCUCCGGGGCUUCACGUUUGUGGUCGGCGACAACGCAUAUGUGACGUUGUGA